UGUACGGGUUGCCGUAGCACUCCUCCUGACUGCUGGAAAGAUGGCGGCAGCGCACACUCGGGCGAGCCCCAAUUCUGCAGGCGAAAAAAAAUCUUAACAGAAAGACACCUUUCGCCCAGCUUUUGCAAAAAGAAAACGUGCAAACAACUAUUAAACUUGCAUGGUCAUGGGUGGUCCCAUGCACCACUAGAACCGAGCAUUCCUCGACCUGCUAUGGAGCCUCCGGAUAAUAGCGAACCUAGCAGGCAGGUCAAUUCCUCAAAAGAUGAUUCGGUGCAUCAGAGCUGCGAGGUGGAAGACUUUUGGUACGAGCCCAGCGAGGAAGAGGAAGCUCUGUACGGCACAUCACCCCCCUACACCCCCCGGCAGAUGAAACGUAUGUCGGGGAAACACCAGAAGAACAGCCAGGCCAGGUCAGCUGGACGCUCCCCCGUCGGACACUCUCCUAACAAGAUAGACAAUCAGCCAGCCCCCUCCAGUCCAUCCCAGCCCCAGAGAGAGAGUGAGCCUAACCCCUAUAGGCCUAGAGAGGGGGCUGAGCGAGACCGAGAGAAGGACCCCCCAGAGGCUGAGCAACAUAACUACAAGUUGGGUAAGAAACAGACCGACCCUUCUGAGGGGAUCCAAAUAAACGUAAACAAGCAAGUCAACAAAGCAACCGAGGAGCACCAACACAACUAUAAGCAGGGUCAAAAACAACGCGCCACCCUGCGUUCCAGUGAGAGAGACCACAAGAAGACCUUUGAAGGUUCCUUCAUGCUGGACCCGCUCUCCAAGACCUCCAGCCCCUUCGGUGGAGGCUCAGCCCUCAACAUGGACCCCAGGAAACCCUACCUAUCGCUGGGGUGCGGCAGCGGCAAGCUCCCUGUCACUAUCCCCCACCCCAUGGCCCACCGCACCCACCGCCAGACCUCAAGGACAGACUGCCCUGCAGAUAGACUCAAGUUCUUUGAGACGCUGAGGUUGUUAUUGAAGCUGACUUCCAUGUCGUCCAAGAAGAAGGAGAAGGAGCAGCGCGGUCUGGAGAACUCAGCCUUCAUGGGCCAGAACAACGAGGUGGUGUGGCUGGAGCUCCAGGCGUGGCACGCCAGACGCUCCGUCAACGACCAAGAUCUGUUCCUGUUCACGGCUCGACAAGCAAUCCCAGACAUCAUCAACAAGGUGCUCCACUUUAAGGUCAACUACCACAGCCUGAGCCCCAGCACCGUGGGCCUGGGACAACUGACCCUGGGGGUGUGUGUAGGACGACCAGGUAUGGUUGGAUCAGGGGCAUCUCCCGGCCAGGGAGCCCAGAGGACACUAGUGUUAACAGAACCAGGCUGUGGAGGCCCAGGCCAGGGUCCCAAACAGAGGACUCCAACCCAGGCCUCAGAGACUGUUUCUGGGGAGGAGAGGGACUCUAACCAGCCUGCUGCUGUUGGAGCUCCAGAGACGAACCAAAAUCACUUUGCUUCAGUCGACCCAUGGGGCUUCAGCGCCUGCCCCUCGGCAGUAGACGCAGCGGCUCCCCUGGGCUCCGGGGCGGGGUGCAGGGAGCACCUCCAGCGCCAGCGGCUGGCCUUCGAGCAGGUUAAACGGGUGAUGGAGCUGCUGGAGUCGGUGGAGGCUUUGUACCCGUCCCUGCAGACCCUCCAGAAGGAUUAUGAAAAGUACGCAGCCAGGGACUUCCAGGGCAGGGUGCAGGCACUCUGUCUCUGGCUCAACAUCACACAGGAUCUGAACCAGAAACUUCGUGUUAUGGCGACUGUCCUCGGCCUCAGGGACCUUUCCCGUAUCGGCUGGCCCGUCUUCGAGAUCCCCUCGCCACGCUGUUCCCGUGGCAACGACGAGGAAGACGAGGAUGAAGAAGACGAGGAGAAUGACUCCACGGCAACCUUCACUGAGACGGGGACUAUGGAGGUGGUAUCGGGGGGCACAGGGACAGGAGGGAUGAACUGCCCUACAGCCAUCUUCAGACCCUUCGUAGAUAAGGCCUUGAAACAGAUGGGGCUGAGGAAACUGAUCCUGAGACUACACAAGCUGAUGGACCCCUCCCUCCAGAGGUCCCGGGCAGCCCUGCUCAGCCACACGCCUGCACAGGAGUUCACGGACUUCCCAGACCCCAUGCUGUACAGUGACUACCUACCGGAGUUGUCCCGCCACCUGUCCUCCUGUGGCGCUCCCGGGGGCCCGGAGCUGGGGGCGGACCACGUUUCCUGGGAGGAGCUGUUGGACAUGGACCUGCCCUCGUUCCGACCUGCCUUCCUGGUCCUGUGCCGCGUCCUGCUGAACGUGAUACACGAGUGCCUUAAGCUGAGACUGGAACAGAGGCCUGCAGGGGAGCCAUCACUGCUCAGCAUCAAACAGUUGGUGCGUGAAUGUAAGGAGGUUUUGAAAGGUGGUCUCCUGAUGAAACAGUAUUACCAGUACAUGCUGAGGGGGGUGGUCACAGACCCCCAGGGACUCCAGACCAAUGCCAACAUAGACGAAUUCGAGGAGGACCUCCACAAAAUGCUGGUGGUGUACUUUGACUACAUGCACAGCUGGAUCCAGAUGCUGCAGCAGCUUCCCCAGGCCUCACACAGCCUGAAGAACCUUCUAGAGGAGGAGUGGAACUUCACCAAAGUCAUCACUCCCUACAUCAGAGGAGGGGAGGCUCAGUCUGGGAAACUCUUCUGUGACAUUGCUGGGAUGCUGCUCAAGUCCACAGGGGACUUCCUGGACACGGGCCUGCAGAAGAGUGGUGAUGAAUUCUGGGAAAGUGCCGACGACAGUACAGUCUCAGAUGAGAUCCGCCGGUCGGUAAUCGAGACGAGCCGGUCACUUAAGGAGCUGUUCCACGAGGCUAGAGAGAGGGCAUCCAAAGCUCUGGGAUUUGCCAAAAUGCUCCGUAAGGACCUGGAGAUUGCUGCUGAUUUCAGCAUUACCAGUGGGGUGCCAUGCCUCCUGGAGGCCCUCAAGGAGAGAAAUUAUGUCAAGGUCCAGAUCCCAGGGCUGGAGGAGCUGGAGGUGUUUGUCCCAUGUGCCCUGAUGCACCAGCGUGACCUCAUCCUGCAGCUUCUAAACGCAGCAGCCGGUAAGGAUUGCAGUAAGGAGCCCGACGAGAUGAUGGCAGAGGACGAGGCCUACCUGCUGAUGAGCAAGCAUGGAGCAGGGGACCCGUCUGGGGGGGCAGGCCAGGCCGGGGUUCAGUGGCACUGGGAUGGGAAGCUGGUCAAACUGGUGCCUCAGAUGGAGACUGUGGACACGCUACGGGCCAUGAAGGUGGAGAACCUGCUCCUGAUAGUGAUGCAGUCAGCCCACCUAGUGGCCCAGCGUAAGGCCUUCCAGCAAAGUAUGGAUGAGCUGCUCACCCUAAGCAGGGAGCAAACCUCCAGCCAGCCCCUCAUCGCCCGCUCCCUGGAGCAACUCAAGAAUGAAGCCUUACAGCUCUGUAGAAAGAUCAACACGGCCAUUGACCGGGUGGAGUACAUGUUCACGUCAGAGUUUGAGGCCGAGGUGGAGGAGUCUGAGUCAGCCACGCUGCAGCAGUACUACAGAGAGGCCAUGAUCCAGGGAUACAACUUCGCCUUCGAGUACCACAAAGAGGUGGUGCGUCUGAUGUCGGGUGAGUUCCGUCAGCGGAUUGGGGAAUGCUAUAUCGCCUUCGCCAGGAAGUGGAUGAAUUACGUCCUCACCAAGUGUGAAAGUGGCCGGGGUACCAGACCCCGCUGGGCCACUCAAGGCUUUGAUUUCCUCCAAGCCAUUGAACCUGCCUUCAUCUCUGCUUUACCAGAGGACGACUUCCUGAAUUUGCAAGCUCUGAUGAAUGAGUGCAUUGGUCAUGUGAUCGGGAAGCCUCACAGCCCAGUCAGUGGCUUGUACCUAGCCCCCAGGAACAGUCCUCGGCCAGUGAAGGUCCCUCGUUGCCAUAGCGACCCCCCCAACCCCCACCUGUUCAUCCCCAAUGCAGAGGGCUUCAGCUCUAGGAGUCUCCCCUGCGACCUACGGACCCAGCUGUGUCUACCUACCGGCCCCCGCCCAGUCCCCGCCCCUCAGGCCCCAGGCCCCGCCCCCGGGGAACACAGCCCAUCCAAAGCACCUGGGUCCACCCCCAAUGACGUCAGAGGGGCCAACCUCCACGAGAACGACAGGCUGUCGUCUGUAGCAGCCGAGCUGCAGUUCAAGUCUCUGAGCCGACACUCCAGUCCCACUGAUGACAGGGAAGAACCUUCCUAUCCUAAGGGAGGAGACCCCAGCAGCACGGCCAGGAGAAGCUGGGAGCUCCGCACCUUCAUCAGCCAAUCAAAAGACACGGCAGCCAGACAGAGCCCCAUGGAAGCUGUACGUCGCUCCAUACGCUCCUUCGAGGACAAACGCUACGCAGUCAUGAAGCAGAGGAACAUCAUUGGCCAGGUGUGCCACACCCCCAAGUCCUACGACAACGUCAUGCACGUCGGCCUCCGCAAGGUCACCUUCAAGUGGCAGAGGGGCAACAAGAUAGGCGAGGGCCAGUAUGGCAAGGUGUACACCUGCAUCAAUGUGGACACUGGAGAACUCAUGGCUAUGAAGGAGAUCCGGUUCCAGCCGAAUGACCAUAAGACGAUAAAGGAGACAGCAGAUGAGUUGAAGAUCUUUGAGGGCAUCAAACACCCCAACCUGGUCCGCUACUUUGGUGUUGAGCUGCAUCGGGAGGAGAUGUACAUCUUCAUGGAGUACUGUGAUGAGGGGACCCUGGAGGAGGUGUCCAGGCUUGGCCUACAGGAACACGUCAUCAGGCUGUACAGCAAACAGACCACCACGGCCAUCAACGUGCUCCACGAACACGGCAUCGUGCACCGAGACAUCAAGGGAGCCAACAUCUUCCUGACGUCGUCCGGCCUGAUCAAGCUGGGGGACUUUGGCUGUUCGGUGAAGCUGAACAACGCACAGACCAUGCCCGGAGAGGUUAACAGCACCAUGGGCACGGCAGCAUAUAUGGCACCUGAGGUCAUUACCAGGGCAAAGGGCGAAGGUCACGGACGAGCAGCCGACAUCUGGAGUCUGGGAUGUGUCCUCAUAGAGAUGGUGACUGGGAAAAGGCCGUGGCACGAGUACGAGCACAACUUUCAGAUCAUGUACAAGGUGGGUAUGGGCCACAAGCCCCCCAUCCCAGAGAAGCUGUCCACAGAGGGGAAGGAUUUCCUGGGUCACUGUCUGGAGAGCGAGCCCAAACAACGCUGGACUGCCAGUACACUGCUAGACCACCCAUUCGUCAAGGUUUGCACAGAUGAAGAGUGAGUGAGGGGGAACGAACCCUGUGGCUGUCACGUUUACAAACUAUAGCACUACUGUACAUGAUGUUGGCCAGAGACUGGACACAGCCAGAUAGAGGGGCUUUGGACACAAGAGGGACUUGUGAACAUAGGAAACAGGAAGUGAUAACUGCAGGCACAUGGAGCUAAACUGAGGAACUCUUAUGACAUCAUUUAAGAUGGAUCACCUGGGUCGUGUUCAUUAGCCACCUGUUCAAUUAGAACAGCUUGUUUUAGUUUUGUCUUAGAAUUUUUUUGGGGCUACGUUGUGUCCUAAUGAACAUGACCCUGUAGUCGAGUGACAGGUCUUGCAUUUUCUGGAAGGGGAUAGAGGGGAAUGUAUUGCAUUGUACAUACUAUAAUAAUAGGAUUGGUUCAUUGGAUCCUUCCUUGUAUAAACAAUAUUGUAAAGCUUGAGUAAUAAAAAUAGCCACAUCUUGUUCUCACUGGUGAAGAUCAGGGAAGACAUUUUAAAGAAAUGGGGGAAAAAUAACAACGCUAUGUCACUUUUUUUUUUUAACUGUUCCCCCUUUCAGUGAAUGUACUAGGGGACAAGUAAGGGACAGUUAAGCGAUCUUAGAUCGAUAUCUGGGUCUCGUUCAGUAGACAAACGUUGUGGAACAUUGCAGCUAGAAAUGUCGAGGCAUGUUUGUUCUACAAUGUUGUGCCCUUCUGAACUUGCCCCAGGUUUGGUCCAGGCAGAUAUUGUCUUGCCUUUCCUCAUUGCACAGAAGCAGGGGAUGCUGCAUCUGUAAGAAACUAUUUCCACGCAAACAUGCAAAUUAACUCAAAGACUGUGGGGAGUCCAGGAAGGAAAGAAACAAUUUAUUUUAGGGGAUUUGUUUUAAAAUAUAUAUUUUUUUGCCUUGCUAAGGAGAGGAUUCCAUUGGUAACAUGUGGGGCUUAAGCCUAUUGUGCAUCCCAAAUGGCACCCUAUUCUCUAUAUAGUGCACUACUUUUAUGGUCCUGGUCAAUAUUAGUGCACUAUAUAAGGAAGAGUGUGCCAUUUGGGUGCAGGGGAUGUGGGCGGGGUUCUAUAGGUUUCAGGCAUGGAUUGAUGGUCUGUUGGACAGCUGGCGCAUAUCCAACCAAUGAGAGAAGACAAAGUUGCACGCUCACUCCCUGCUGCUGAACACACACACAUACAUUCUGGUCCUCUGCUGCUCUUUGUGUUUGCUAUGUACAAACAAUAUUAAUAAAUCUUUUUUUAAGAAA